GUACCUUAUCAUUGUCCCUGAGGUGGCGACAGACAGCUAGCACAACCUGUACUGUAUCUCCCUAGGUAACUAGGUAGCCCACCAAAGCCACGGGACGGGCGAUGGCAAUGUAGAUAUGCAUUGCAUUUACCACGCGCAUCUCAUCCUCCAAAUGUGUUGUCAUUCUUCAAAACUUUCUUUGAACAUCCAUCUUUUCGUCCUAUGACGUGAACAAAAAAAAAAAAAAAAAAACAGCCGUUUGAAGGAUCCUGACUUUUUAUCCCCCUCGGUAUAUCUUCUGCAAUUCUUAUCUGCCUGCAUACACCGAUUCAGCUUGCAAAACAACAUCAUGGGCGAGCUCGCCGACUACCUCAUCAAUAACGACCCCAGCUUCAGCAGGUCACGAUUAGCAGCCAGAUAUUCGGAUUUUCGAUCACAGCGCACUUUGAAUCCCGAUGGCUACCAGGCAAACAUUUCCGCCUGGCGUCAGGCCCUCUCAGAUCUAGUCGCCAAUGGCAAGAUUUCCCACCGCGGAUCCAGCCCCGAUCACUUCGUCCUCAAACUCGACGACUCCUUACUGCGGUCACUGGAAUACAAGGAAUUUGGCCAGCCCCUGGCUCUCGGAACCGUAGUGCGCGAAGCCACUGCCGGCCGGGACUUUAUCCCACUACAAGAUUUCGAGAAGUCGCAACAAAGCAUCUAUCAGCGCAGCUGGGCAGGUCUACCAUGGAGUGUCAUGAGUUGGGCUUUGCGACAGCUGGGCGUGGUAGACCCUGCCAGGGGUGACGAUAAGCUGCCCACAGGUCAAUAUGUCAUUGCCAAGAAUAUGGAAGCUGCUGCGAAGGAGCUGGGCGAUCUAAUGAACGGAAAGGUCUCAAGAUUCGAUCGUGUUUUCAGCAGAGCACAAUUCCAAAAAGCCUUUUCCGCAGCUCUCGUUAAAGGCCAACAUCUGACGGAGUCGGACCUCGACGUUCUACUCAAGUUUUUAUCGCGGGACAAGGAAGUCAUCGAAUAUGAUGGGAAAACGAUCAGAAUUAAGGGUUCUGGGGAGCAGAGCGGUAUCACAAAGGAGGACGCUGCGAUCGCAUCUCUGAAGGAACUCACGGAAAGUCUGAAGCACCAAACCGACCUCCUUAACACACGCAUCGAUGAACUCUCUCAAACAGCCAAGGAUGCCGUCACUAAAAAGAAUCGCGUUGCAGCUCUUGCUGCGCUCAAAUCCAAAAAGAUUGCAGAGACUUCGUUAGCUACUCGCUACGCGACUUUGAACCAAUUAGAAGAGGUUUCCGCCAAACUCGAGCAGGCUGCUGACAAUGUGCAGCUUGUCAACGUCAUGGAGGCUUCUUCUGGUGCGCUGGCAAGCCUCAAUGCACAGGUCGGUAAUGCAGAGCGCGUCGAUGCAGUUAUGGAUCGCCUACGGGAGCAGAGCAGCGCGACCGACGAGGUGAGUGCUAUUCUGGCCGAAUCCACAGGCGAGCCCAUCGACGAAACUGUGCUCGACGACGAGCUCGAGGCUAUGGAGGCGCAAGAGCGCGAAAAGGAAGAAGAGAAGACGAGGAGCAAGGAGGCCGAGGAACAGAAAGCCCGCGACAAACGGGAGGCAGCCGAGGCGCAAAAGAAGCUCGACGAAUUGCCUGACGUACCUGCUGAUGGUGAGGAGAUCCGACAGAAGGAGCAGACACCGACAUCCGAGACUGGAAUUGCAAAUCUGGCGAUAUAGGAGACGCCAGGCGAACGGACUGGAAAGAGAACUAAGCUCAAUGCAGGCAGGAUGGGUCAUACAUGUACAUGAUAAUAUAGUAGAAUAUCCCUGGCGUUUUUGGACUUAAGAUUGUACAAUUGGGUUUUUGUUCAUUAGAAUCUAUACACCAAAGGCACAUUUGUUGUGCCAUUAUAAUAUCAUUAGGUGGUAUCUCGAUGCAUGCCCUUCUAUAUAUACCAUUCCAACCAUCAGUACGCCGUUCUUCACCGAGUUACGAGUCGCGAUCUUAGUUCUCAGGCCAGGGGUUGCCAU